AUGUCGAGCCCCCGGGAGCGGAGGCUUCCGCCGCCCGCGUUCCGAAUGGAGAACCCCUUCAGCGUGAAGGUGGUGCAGGUCUUCACCGGAUUCGGCGUCGGAUGCGGCGUCGGCAUCGGCGUCGGACGACCCAUCUACCUAGGUAUGAUACCUGGGCUUCAGCAAGUUAUGAGUGCUACAAGAGGAGCAACAGAUGCUUUUUCUGGUGUCACAAGGCAUGUCAAUUCCGUGCUAAGGACGGCCGGGUUAAAGAACAUCGAAGCUGGGAUUGGCUGUGGAGUUGGUAUAGGCCAUGGUUUUGGAAUAGGAAUCGCAUUGAAGCCACGAGUGCUUCAUGGAAUUCAGUCAUCUGUUGGGGAUAUUAUGUCUAAAUUGACGUCAAAGCUCAAAGAUACCCCUGAGAUGCCGUCUUCAUCAAAUCCUAUGGCUCAUUCUUUGUCUAGCAAUCAACAAACUCACAGUGGCAUGUCCAUGGAUCUAGAGGCUAAGACUGCAGAAAGUAAUUUGAACCACACUUCAAGUUAUGAAAUGUCAAGAGUACAAUCUACUCAGCCAGAAGCAUUGACUGCGAGUCGAACUGAAAAGGUCAUUGCCAAUUUUCUACAGAGUCCACUGUUCCAGAAUGAUACAAAGAUGGACUUCAGAGAUGCUCCUGGAAAUCUACAUGGAAUGGAUAGUGUACUUCAGCUGGUACUGAAGCACCAAAAGGUUAUUGAGGAACUGCGGGAGGAAAAUGAAAAUUUGCGUCAGAUUCUCAUAGAGGAGCUUAAGGUUUCACCAACCAAAUUACAAAUAGGUCAUAAAACUGGAGUGAAGGCCUACUAUCCAUGCUCGGACUGCUUUGAAUGUCGCCGCAGAAGUCGAAAAACAACCAGAUAG